CCCCCCCCCCCCCGCCUCUCGUCCCCUCCCCCGUUCUUUCACCUCCGCUCGUUUCUGGGCCACUUCUUCGCUUCUACUCUCGGGCGCCGUCAUGAAGGUCCAUCGUGUCAAGUCCAGCCAAAAGCACAUCAACUUCUUCCGACACAACUAUGGCUUCCGAAGCCCGAUUCAGGUUCUCGUGGAUGCUGAGCUCUGCCGGAUUGCCCUGCGGGGAAAGAUCGACCUCCGUGAUCAACUCCCCCAGCACAUGGGGCUACCGGUAAAGCUUCUGACAACAGCCUGUGUGCUGGCCGAGCUGCGCAAAUUGGCGGCCGAGUCGGACGCCCACUUGGCCAAGCUGGGUGCCUCGGCGACCGAUCGCGAUCGGAAGGACGCGACCGCCGCGUCUGGUGCCAUCUUCGUUGCUCGGCGGUUUGAUCAACGGCGGUGCGAUCAUUCCGAGGGGAAUGAGGUUGACGGGUCCAUCUGCAUUGCCUCCAUCAUUGGUGAUGUCAACCAACAUCGGUACAUGGUUGCCUGUCAGAACUCCCGCUUGCGCUCUGAAUUGCGCAUGGUCCCCGGCGUGCCGCUGGUGUACAUUCGCCGUGGCAAGAUGCUGAUCGAGCCCCCUAGCGAGGCCUCCAUGCUCCUGGCUAAGCAGUCUUCCGAGCAGCGCCUCCUUCCCUCGGAACGGGAGAAGGCUCUGCUCAACCGUGCCGCCGACAAUGCUGAAAAGAUUGCCUCGCGAAAGCGCAAGAAGAGCGAGCCCAACCCCCUGUCAGUCAAGCGACCGAAGGUGGAGUCGACAACGACGACGACGAAGACGACUGGCCCUGCCCCGGCCAAGUCCCCCGCCUCGAGCCAGGCGACAACGUCGGCCGAUGACAGCAAUGCCAAGAAGCCCAAGCGUCGCAAGCGUAGCCGCGGCGGCAAGGCCGACUCUGGCGAUCAAUAGAGUAUGAUGCAUUUUUGUGUACAGCGGUGCCAAUAGAACAGGAAAACCGUGUGCUUUCUUCGUCUAAAUGAAGGGGGGAAGGACAGAGGGACUGGGAGGAAAGAAAGAAAGGGAGAUGGAUAGUGGCGCUUAACGACCGGGUUCGUGGGGGAUUUGUUGUGAUUGAAUGAGGCUCUUCGCCGGAGAAAGAGAGAGGGAGAGAGAGAAAGAAAGAAAGAAAGAAAGGAAGACAGAGGGAGACAGAGGAGGAGGGCGAAUGCCGCACUUUUCAGACACUCAUGUUGCCUCUAGAAGGAGGUCCGGCGACCGCGGGCAUCAGCGGCCUUGGCACCAGCCAUCAUGGCCAGGAAAUCUUCCUCAGAAUCACCGCCCUUGUCAAGGGUAUCCUGCUCGGACGCCACCGGCGCGGUAUCGGCUUCGGGCACGGCGGGCAUGAUGCCGCUGUUAAGCCACAUCUCAACCUGCGACUCGAGGCCACCCUCUUCUGGCAGCUGGCGUGUCUUGUCCUUCAACUGGGUGAAGUACGUGUCGACAUCUUGGAUGAAUGCGGAACGAGUGAAAAGAGACACGUCGAUGGAGACCUUCACACGAGUCAGGAACAGCAACCGACGAGCCGGGUGCUGAAAAGCAAGGGCAUAAAUUUCCCCGCCGCCAAUGACGAAGGAUGACCCAACAGCCACGGGCCCGGCAUCAGUGAGCAGGGGGCCGGCCCUCCGGAGUUCCUGGACCAAGUUCAGGGCACAAUCAAGCGAGCCCACCUUCCGAACCAGUGGAUGAUCGGGGAUGUUGGCGCUAUUUCCACUGCUCGACCAUGCAGCGGGCAGCACCAGGGAGGCGCAAAGACCACAUGCCAGUCGUGAGUCACCGAGAGACAGGAGGAGCCAAUCAACAUGCAUGCGCGGCAUAUGCCCAUGCGCAGGGGGGUACAUACCGAGUAAGGACAAUGUUCAGUCGUCCAGGAAGAGGGCGAAACUUGUCCGGCAGCGACUGGUAGGUGAUUCGGCCCAUGAUGACCACAUUCACGAAAGGCGUCGAGUCGGGGACGAAGCUGGGUCUCGCGGUGGUUACCCGGCGGAAGUGCGCGAGAUCCGACUUCAAAGUCCAGGGGAUGUAGCUGUCGCCACCGAUGAAGUUGUUGGUGCUGGCGGCGACCACCAGGUCGAAUUGUCCACAUGGAGGCGGGCAAUCAAUCUCGGGAAACAUGAUUGGCGGAGACAUGAUCGAGAGAGAGGCGAAGGAGGAUCGGCGAGAGAAGGGGGGGGGGAGGCG